AUGAUUUUGGUUAUGAAAUCAUUCAUUUUAUUAUUACUUAUAGCUAAAUCGUUAAGUAAUACAUCAGAAGAUGGAGUUAAGUAUGCUAAUAAAUGUGAAGGUUUGUAAUUUAAUAUUAUGAAGUAUUGUACCCUGUAGUUUGUAAAUAAUUUUUAAUGAUGAACAGACUAAAUACACAACAAAUACUUAGGUAUAAAUAUACAUUUGUGUAAAUUAUUUUAGUGUGUAAAAUAUUAGCAAUAGAAUUAGAAGGUCGAUUACUAGAAACUGGUAAAACAAGCGAAUAUCUGGAACUUGGAUACUCUAUUGAUCAGCCUAAAAAGAAAAAAGAGUAUAAAAAAUCGUGAGUUAAAUAAUAAAAUAUAGUAUUGUAAUUAACAGAUAAUAUUGUUGAAUUAAUAAUUUCUUCAGGGAAUUACGUUUAGUUGAAUCAUUAGAUGGCCUUUGUGAAAGGAUAUUGCAGUACAAUAUUCAUAAAGAAAGAACAGACAGUACUAGAUUUGCUAAAGGAAUGAGUCAAACUUUUCAAACACUACAUGGCCUUGUGUAAAAAACAAUAAAUUUAAUAUUUAUUAUAAUCAGAUUCUAUGUUCAGUUAUAUUUUUAUAAUUGUAGGAAUAAAGGAGUAAAAGUUGAACUAGGAAUACCAUAUGAACUCUGGGACAAACCUUCAGUUGAAAUAACAAAUAUGAAAACACAGGUACAAUUUAAAAUUAAAAUUAUACACCCUGAAAUAUUAAUAUAUUUUUUAUUUCUAGUGUGAAGACUUGUUGGAAACCUAUGAAUCGGAUAUAGAAGAGUGGUAUUUUAAUGAUCAAACUAACAGCUUAUUAAAUUAUUUAUGUGAAGAUCGUGCAUUGAAAAACUCUGACGUAUCUUGCUUAAAUGACGCCCCAACCAAGGGAGAUACAAGACGACUUAAACAAGAAUUAUAA